CAGUAUUAAUUUAUAUGGGACUGAGACUCAAGAAGCUUACAUAAACAGUUGAAAGCAAACGUCCAUAAGAAUAUAAUUUUCCUAGAGGGGCUGAUUAAUUUGAAUAUUCACCAGAUAGAUCAUAUAGUUCCUUAUAAGGAGAUGUAUAUGAUCUCAACAGUCAAUAAAGACGUAUUCAUCGUAGAAUUUUAUCUUAAAUUGUUAUUUAAAAAGGAAAAUCAAAGGAGAAUAAAUUAAACACUCUUUCUCCACUAAAAGUUGAUUAGAUGACAGCAACAAAAACAAAACUUAAUUCAUAAAGAUUCUUUCUAAUGAAUUAAGUACGUAAUUUUAGAUAGAAAUAAAAUAAACUGCAAUGUUCGUAAGUGAUGAUUUAGAAGUCUUCGUAAAAGAAAGGACAUAGAAUGCAUACUGAUACAAUAGAAAGUAUAAGUAAAUAUCGAUUGGGAUGA